AUGAAUGAUCCAUGUGGACCCCUUUAUGAUCCAGCAACACAAAAUUACCAUUUAUAUUAUCAAGUUCAACCUGCGUAUGUACAAUGGGGAAAUAUUUCUUGGGGUCAUGCCAUAUCAAAAGAUAUGAUCUUUUGGGAAGAUGUGACGUCAUGGCAAGGUUAUGAUUACAUUACAUUGGUACCAGGUGUUGGUAAUAAUCACAGUGUACUUGGUGUUUUUACUGGUUCAACUUUGCCUAUCCCAGUUACCAAUAACAUAACAAAUCGUACAAUUACAGCUAUUUAUACAAGUGUGAAAUACUUACCAAUAAGUUGGAGUGGUCCAUACAUCAAGGGAAGUGAAACUCAGUCAUUGGCAGUAUCAUACGAUGGUGGUGUAACUUUUCAACAACACGUCAAUAAUCCCAUUCUUGCUUCACCACCUGAAGGUAUGGAUAUAACUGGAUGGAGAGAUCCUAAAUUUGAACAAUGGCCAGAAAUGGACAUUGUAUUAUAUGGAUCUGAUCAAGGACACUAUUACAUGACUAUUUCAUCAGGCAUUCAUGAUGUUGGUCCGCGACUUUUACUUUAUCAAGCAUCUGCUAUCGAUUUGACUAACUGGACAUAUUUGGGUCCUCUUGUUUCUGUUCCUGGUAAUUAUACACUCAAUCAGAAUUGGUCAGGUUCUCUUGGUUAUAAUUUCGAGGUCUCUAAUGUUUUCUCUCUUCUUGAAAAGGCUGCUGAUGGUGGAGAUAAUCAGACCGUUCAUAUUUUUGCCUCACUCGGAACUGAAGGAGGUAAUACAACUUUACAUCUAUCUCCUCAAUGGUCUGUAUGGAUUAAAGGAAAUCUUAUUAAGACAAGUAAUUUUAGUGCUAUUAUGAAUAUUAUUGCGUCGGGUGUUGCCGAUUGGGGUGAUACUUAUGCACUCAAUUCAUUCUACGAUCCAAAAGAGGACCGACGGAUCUUUUACGGAUGGGUGAAAGAAGCGCAUAAGAACUAUGGACAGAGAGCAUUUGGCUACAAUGGUCAAAUUACUCUUCCAAGAGAAGUUUUUGUUCAAGUUUACAAGAAUGUCGUUAACAUUCAUGAAUGUUUUUCUCAACCAGGACCUUGGACUUUGAUACCGAACGUUAAUGGAACGUAUACAUGGAAAACUCUUGGUGUUAGACCAAUUAAUGAAGUCAUUAAACUUCGACAAAAUAGCACUUUCGUUAGCUUAAUGCCUCAAACAUUUAAUCAAACGACAGAAUUUUCAAGUUUUAAUUUUUCGUCUUAUAAUUUUGAAAUGAAGGCAACCAUUAAUAUUUCAUUCAAUGCUACAGGUGGUUUUGUUUUUCGAAGAUCAGCAAACGGAUUAGAAUAUACCACUCUUAUUUAUGAUCCAGUUUCCGAAUAUUUGAUUUUAAAUCGAACAUAUUCUUCUUUGAUUAAAGAGUUUGAUCAUAGUACAGUGUACGCCAAACAUACUUUACUCACUACUGUAGUUAGUGUAAAUACUACACAAAAAGAACUUUUGUCUUUGCAUAUAUUCUUGGACAAUUCUCUUCUGGAGAUUUAUGCAAACAACCGCACAGCUAUAACUACACAUAUCUAUCCUGCACUAUUAGAUUCCAUUGGAUUUGGAUAUACUGUAGGUGGACACGGUGGAUCUUGUACAUUUAGCAACGUAUCCAUCUGGUCCAAUUUGAAAAACGCAUUUCCAAAGAGACCAGCAAAUAGUUCGAUUGCUUUAGUCGCGGAUUCUAACAAUGUCACUGCUACAGCUUCUGCUUUACCAUAUAUGCUUGUUUCUAUUCUCUUUCUUUUUUCUUGCAUUUUCUAG